AUGGACAGCUCCUCAUCCGAAGAAUCGAGAGAGAUCUUCGCGUCCAGGACCUACCAGCCUCAGAGUGACAGCUCCUCAUCCGAAGAAUCGAGAGAGAUCUUCGCGUCUAGGACCUACCAGCCUCAGAGUGACGAGUCCUUUGAGGAUUACAGGCCCCCCAAGUACGACUUCUCCUACACCUCGUCGGACCUACGGGGCCACGACUUCGGCCACAAGGACACCCGCGACGGAGACAACACCAAGGGAUCCUACCACGUCCAGCUCCCCGACGGACGCAAGCAGGUCGUCAGCUACCGUGUGGACGGCGACUCGGGGUUCGUAGCCGAGGUCACGUACGAAGGGGAGGCUCGAUUCUCCCAAGGGCAGCCUCGUCAGAUAGGAAGACUCUACGGCGUCCCUGAUUCCGACGAGUCCGAUGAGUCCCGCGAAGUUCCUCGUGUCUCGGUGCCCAGGCCUCUUUACUCAGCCCCCGACUCCGAUGAAUCUGACGAGUCCAGGGAAGUCCCCGGCCGCUUCCCGUCCCCUCGGCCUAGGUAUUCCCGCCCGGUGUCUCUCGAAUCUGCCGAGUCCGAGGAAUCGGAGGAAGUCCGGCGGUUCCCAACGCCCAGGCCAAGGUACACGCGCCCUGCCUCCGACGAGUCCGACGAGUCUCGGGAGGCGCCGACCCUCACAACGCCCAGGACGCGGUUCUUCAUCCCAGACUCGGAGGAAUCCAAGGAGUCCGCCGAAGGGUACGUCUACACAACGCCCGCCACGCCUUUCGUAAGCACGACUCCUGCUCCACUAUAUUCGGCUCCCAUCGCUCGCCCUCCUUCUCCCAGGCCGAGGAUCACGUUCCUCGACUCUGACGAAUCGGAUGAGUCAGAUGAGUCAAGGGAGAUCUUCACCCCAAGACCAAGAUAUUCCCGCCCCGAUUCCGAUGAGUCAGAUGAGUCGAGAGAGACCACGACCCCAAGGUCGACCACGACUCCACGACCAGUCACCAGACGCCCCGACUCUGACGAAUCAGACGAGUCUCGCGAAGGGUACGUGUACAGGCCUCCCAAGACGCCCUUCGUCUUCACCACCGCGAGACCUCGACGCCCACGCCCGGACUCCGACGAAUCCGAUGAGUCUGAUGAGUCAAGGGAGACCACAACUCGAAGGCCAACCACGACUCCACGACCAGUCAUCAGACGCCCUGAUUCCGAUGAAUCUGAUGAAUCAGACGAGUCUCGUGAAGGCUAUGUAUACAGGCCUCCUAAAACGCCCUUCGUUUUCACAACCCCGAGACCAAGAUAUUCACCGCCUGACUCCGAUGAAUCCGAUGAGUCAGAUGAGUCAGGGAGACCACGACCCGAAGGCCAACCACGACUCCACGACCAGUCAUUAGGCGUCCUGACUCCGAUGAAUCUGACGAAUCUGAUGAGUCCAGAGAAGGAUACGUGUACAGGCCUCCGAAGACUCCCUUCGUCCUCACCACCGCGAGACCGAGAUUCCCGCGCCCGGACUCCGACGAAUCCGAUGAGUCAGAUGAGUCAGGGAGACCACGACCCCGAGGCCAACCACGACUCCACGACCAGUGAUCAGACGCCUUGAUUCCGAUGAAUCUGACGAAUCUGAUGAGU